AUGGCGGGGUACAAGAACAACGAUCGACAUGAAGAGGAGAGCCUCUUGGGUAAGCACCGUGAUAGACGGAGCUCGGCCAAGUCGUCUCCUGCAGUGAAAUCGCGCCGUUGGACGAUUGCGAGCCUUUUCGCGCUCCUGGCCCUGGUUUCCGUGGCUGCGGUACACAUGGUGAAUGGGUAUGAACCCUCGCGUGAGGUAACUCUGGUGGAACGAGCACGUCCUGACUUGCUGGUGGUGAGCGCGUCGUCUAGCCAAACCAAUAAGAAUGCCCAUCGUUCGCGGGCGUGCAACAGUGUCAAGGGCGGUUACCAAUGCUUUUCGGGUAUCUCGCACCGCUGGGGCCAAUACUCGCCUUACUUCUCUCUGGCAGAUGCCGGCGUGUCCAACACCGUACCCGAAAAAUGCGACGUCACCUUUGUACAGGUCCUGUCUCGCCAUGGCGCGCGGUACCCAACCGCAUCGAAAAGCAAGAAGUACAAGGCCCUGAUCAAGGCUAUCCAAGCCAAUGCCACCGCAUUCCAAGGCAAGGCCGCCUUCCUAAAGUCGUACAAUUACACGCUGGGCAGCGAUGACCUGACCACCUUUGGUGAACGCCAAAUGGUCAGCUCCGGCAUCAAGUUUUACCAGAGCUAUAAAAAAGCCUUGACGCGGGACCAUGUGCCUUUCAUCCGUUCGUCCGACUCCUCGCGCGUCGUCGAGUCCGGCCGCUUUUUCAUCCAGGGCUUCCAACAGUCCAAAUUACAAGACCGCGCUGCAGACCACACCCAAGCAAACGCCACGAUCAACGUGGUCAUCUCCGAAGACACCGGCGCCAACAACACCCUCAACCACAACACCUGCCCAGCGUUCGAAGCCAGCACGCUCGGCGACGAUGUCUCGGAGAACUACACCUCCAUCAUCGCACCCUCCAUGGCCCAACGCAUCCAGUCCAAUCUACCAGGCGUCACCCUCACCAACGACGAGGUCAUCUACCUCAUGGACAUGUGCGCCUACGACACAAUCGCCACCACCCCAGACGCCAGCCAAGUCUCCUCCUUCUGCGCCCUCUUCACCGAAGCCGAAUGGUCGCAAUACAACUACCUCCAAUCCCUGGGUAAAUACUACGGCUACGGCGCAGGCAACCCCCUCGGUCCCACCCAGGACGAUACAACAACAAAUCACACCAUCGAUGCCCCCGGCGCAGCCUCGUUCCCCGUUAACCGCACCCUGUACGCGGACUUUACUCACGACAACGGCAUGAUCCCGAUAUUCUUCGCCAUGGGCUUGUACAACGGUACCGCCCCGCUGCCGCAGGAUCAUAUCCAGUCCGAGGCGCAGGCGGACGGGUACUCUGCCGCGUGGACGGUGCCGUUCGCGGCGCGAGCGUACAUCGAGAUGAUGCAGUGCUCGUGCUCGGCUGAGCCGCUCGUUCGGGUCCUGGUCAAUGACCGUGUUGUCCCGCUGCAUGGGUGUAAUGCCGAUAAGCUGGGCCGGUGCCGGCGCAGUGAUUUCGUGCGUGCGCUGAGUUUUGCACGGAGUGGUGGGGACUGGGCGAGCUGCUAUACUUCGUAG